AUGUCUGUCACUUUGGAAGAAGUGUGCGAGCACGGUAUACAGCCGAUACCGGAGCACCGGCGCUCAAAGUUACCAGAAUCUUGCACAUAUUUUAGUGCUGUGCUACUCUCCGUUUGGGACAAUAUUUUGGGACCUCAAGUGUACCAUGUAUGGAAUGGACCUACAGCACAUCGGCUGCAACCAGGCAUUAUACAGUACGUGUCUAGUCAUACGUUAAAUGGAGAAAUCGUGCGGGCAGACUAUGGGGAACAUCCAGGCGAGAGAAUAUCAGCGAAGCUGUUUGUGUUUGCCGAGAAAGACGCGUGUGUGACUGCAUUUAUAUUCAAAGGUCACUUGAAGUCAGGCUCAUGUCUCUUCUCACUUUGCCUUGUUAUGACAAUCGACCAAUUGACGUCGUAUCUUCCUCUACAUGAUCUAUGCGAAGCUAAAAUGAAGUGCUGUAUUACUCAGUUAAUAAGAAUGCAGAAACAAGGCAUUCCAAUUCAGCAGUUCUCCAGUGUCAUUGAGAAAUUUGUUCAGUCAGUUGCUAGCAUCGCACUAGCUCCCCUGACAGACGUUAAACUUCAAUCAACUGUGUUUCAUGGACAAGCUUGUGAGAUAUUUGAAGUUGAGUUUGUGAAAAGAUGUAUCACAUCUCAUCUUCAAACAUGUUGCUGCACAGUUGUGGUUGGUGAGGCAAUAGAGCCGUUGAAUAUGCUGAUCAGCACACUUGCUUUGUUCCUAUCACCAGCUGAAAGACUGCGUUCACGUUAUGCUGUCAAUGAAACAGACACGGGUGACUUAGAGUAUGAGUCUAAUUUGUUUCUACAAGGUCUGCUGGUCAAGCGGGGUGAGAGCUACCAUAAGAAGAUUCCCAGUAGCGAAGUUAUUCGAACAAAGUUACCGUCUACUCUGAUCAAUGUUACAGCCUUGACAGUAGAACAGACAAAUUUAACACACAAACAUCAUGCAAUGCGGGACGACUUUCUUGCUCUUGAAUAUAAUCUGAUGAUGGAGCCAGGGAGACGUAGAGAAGAAGCUCUGCAAUCAGCUGACAUUAGCAAGACAUCAUUUUCUACAUUUCCAGCAGUUCCUGAUUCCAGCAAUUUCUAUAAGAAUUUGUUCCGUGAAACGUAUGACCAUUCCAAGUUAGUUCAAGACUUCUUACGAGAGGUGUAUGAGUUGGUGCCAUCGUGUGGUGUUCGAGAAGCAUACAUUUCACAGUUUGCCCGCCUUCUUCAACGUAAAGCAUUGGCUCUAAUCAAAUAUGUUGGAGCUGAAGACAACACCAGAUUUGAUCUUCCGUUAGGACCAGGCAUCAGUCGAGAAAUAAUCAAGAAGCUAAAGAAAGCCCUGUCAUUAGAAAUGGAAGGUGACUUCAAGAUUAUACUUGCAACAGCAGAGAAACUGAGACCAGGAAUGUUUCUUCACCUGCUGGGUGAUCCAGCUGCUCAGUGCAAAAAAGUUCAAGAAGAAUUGGAAGUCUUGUAACCCUGGUAGCAGGGAACCAACCUUACUAUACGAAUUACGAAUUGAUGAUCAUUUAUUUUUGUUUUACCAAAUGAUGUACUCCCAACGUAUUUCUGAAAGAAUGACUUAAAUUUUGCUACUGUAA